AUGAAGCUCUGUAUUAUUGUAUUGUUCAUCAACAGCUUUGUUAAUUGUAUAAGUGCCACAAAUGGGAAAAUAAAUAUCAUUAAUGAAGAAGAUUUGGUUGGUAUGGCCGUAACUUCUCCCCAAAACAAAGGUUUGCUGUCUCCUUCAUUUGAUGAGCUUCUCCCACCAGAAUUUAAUCAGGAUUAUGUUGAGCAAUGGUCCCAUUUCAACGACAAUAAUGAUGACGAUGAUCCAGAUGAAGGUGAUUUCGGUGAUGAAACAAGGCCCAGGAUUGAUAGCAGUACCCCCUUGCAUUGUCAACGUGAUGAAUUCGUUAUUCACUCAUUGGGCGAUUUAAACUCUAUCAUCGAAUGUGAAACAAUUAUUGGAAAUGUUGUCAUAUCUGAAUUUGAUUACCCGAUUAUUACUUUCACCAAUUUGGUCAAGAUUCAAGGUAAUUUAUCCAUUUUCAAAUCUCCGGAAUUGGUUCGUAUUGAAAGUCCACAAUUGCAAAGUAUUAGUGGACAGUUUCAAUUGUUUGAAUUGACUUCGUUGGCUUUGAUCAGUGUCCCUAGUUUGAAACAAGUUCUUGCCUUAAAAUGGGAGAUUUUGCCCAUUUUAAGUAAUGUUCAAUUUAAUGCUGAAAUUAAAGGUAUUGAAAGUAUAACUAUUUCCGAUACUUCAUUGACUGGAUUUUCUGGAUUUGUUGCUAAUGAAUUGAAAGUGUUGGAUAUUAAUAAUAAUCGAUUUUUAGAUACAAUUGAUUGUAAUGUUGAAAAAGUGACUCAAUUGUUGCAUAUUUCUGCCAAUUCGAAUGAAAUUAAAGUUCAAUUACCCAAUUUGGAACAUGUUGAAGAAUUGAGUAUCCAUAAUGUGGCCAUAUUGAAUUUAGGUAAUUUGGAAUGGGUUGGUAAAUCAAUGAGUAUGAGUAGCUCCUUAUUUCAUGCAAUUAAAUUACCCAAAUUGAAGUACAUUGGUGGUACUUUGAAUUUAUCCAAGAACUCUAAGUUGGAGGUUGUUGAAUUUCCUGAAUUGGACGAAAUCGAUGGAGGGUUGAUGAUUAUUAAUAAUAACUUGAUUGAAAAAGUUAACUUUUUCCCUAAUUUAAAGAUUAUUGGCGGUGCUUUGGAAAUUAUUGGUAAAAUCACUGAAUUGACUUUCAAGAAUUUAAAAUUGGUUAAAGGUAGCGCAAUUGUGCGUUCGACAUCACCGCAAUUUGACUGUCGCAAAUGGACUAAACUGGAGAUUGGAUUGGUUGUUAGAGGUGGUAAAAUCGAAUGUACUAAUGCUAAUAAUGAAAAGGUAACUUCAAGAACCAAAGAAGAUGGUUCUGAAGCAAGUGAAGUAAAAAUUGAGGAAGAAGAGGAACAAAAGGAGAAGCCAAGUCAAGUAGAGGAUAAGUCAAAUAAUGGAUCUAAGAAUAAGACUCUGAGUUCCAAAAGUGACAAGUUUACAAAGUCUUCUUCAUCUUCAUAUAAUUGGGAUACAUUUUAUACUGUCAUUUCCAUGGCCAUUGUCAGCUUGUGGGCAUUGAUUGAACUUGUUUAA